CUCGACCGCCGAUUGGUUGAAGCGGCGGCGUGGGGUGGGAUUGAGUUAAGCUUAGCCCACGACCUCACUCUUUUCGGUUCAGGCCGAGACUCGAACAAGGCGCUUGGAUCGUGCGGUGGUGCCUUCGAGUCGCUCGACAUCCGGACUACUCAGCCGCCAUCAUGGUGAAACUCGCCAAGAACGUUAAAAAUCAACCUAAACAGAAAAAAUUGGCACUCCCUCCUCCAAAGGAAGCGGAUGAUAGUGAAGAAGAGGAAUCUUCAGAAGAGGAGGAGAGCAGCGAGGAAGAGAUGAUUCCUCAGAAGAAAACAGUCACUCCAGCAAAAGCCCCAGCAGUUACACCCAAUAAGAAGGCAGCAACACCUGGCAAGAAGGCAGUGGCUACACCAGCCAAAAAGGUACUUGCUACACCAGCCAAGAAGGGAGCUGCUGCUCCAGCAAAGAAGACCCCGGUCCCUGCCAAAGGAGCUAAAAACGGGAAGAAUGCGAAGAAAGAAGAGAGUGAAGAAGAGGAUGAAGAUGACGACGAGGAUGAUAGCGAGGAGGACGAAGGUAAAUCUGAUGAGUCUGAGGAGGAGGUUGCUGUACCAUUAAAAAAGCCUGCAGUCCAGGCAUUGGCAAAGAAACCUGUAGCUGCAGUUGCAGGCAAAAAAGUGUCUGAUGAGGAGGAUGACGACGACGAUGAAGAGGAAGAUGAGGAGGAUGAGUCUGAAGAUGAACCCAUGGAUAUCACACCAGCAAAAGGAAAGAAAGCUGUUCCAUUAAAGGCUACACCGGCAAAGCUUGCCAAGGAAGAAUCUGAGGAGGAUGACGACGAUGACGAAGAAGAGGAGGAGGAGGAUGAAGACGAUGACGAGGAGGAGGAUGAAGAAGAGGCAGUGCAAGAAACACCUGGGAAACGCAAGAAGGAAAUGGCCAAGCAAAAAGGUGUCCCAGAGCCCAAGAAGAAGAAGAGUGACGAAGCUGCUUUCUCCCUCUUCAUGGGUAACCUGAAUUCAAACAAGGACUUCGAAGAACUGAAAGUGGCCAUCAGAGAUUUCUUUGCCAAAAAGGACCUGCAAGUCCAAGAAGUCCGGAUUGGCAGCUCAAAAAAGUUUGGCUAUGUAGACUUUUCUUCGGAAGCUGACCUGGAUAAAGCGCUUAAAUUUAAUGGAAAGAAGCUUAUGGGCUUGGAAAUAAAACUGGAAAAAGCCAGGAGUAAAGAGAGUAUUAAAGAGAACAAGAAAGAGAGAGAUGCAAGAACCAUUUUUGUGAAGAACCUUGCAUACAGUGUAACUCAAGAAGAUCUGCAAGAAAUUUUUGACAAUGCCAUGGAGAUCAGGCUGGUGUCCAAGGAUGGGAGCAGCAAAGGGAUUGCCUACAUUGAAUUUAAAUCUGAGGCUGAUGCAGUGAAAGCAAUGGAGGAAAAGCAAGGGAUGGAGAUUGAGGGUCGUUCUAUCAUCCUCGAUUUUACAGGCGAAAAAAGCCAGCAGGAUAACAGAAGAGGCGGUACUGAGUCAAAAACCCUAGUUGUGAACAAUCUCUCAUAUGAUGCAACAGAAGACUCUCUUCAGGAAGUCUUUGAGAAAGCUUCUUCAAUCAGGAUUCCACAGAACAACCAGGGAAAGCCUAAAGGGUUUGCUUUUAUAGAUUUCCCUACAGUUGAAGAUGCAAAAGAAGCCAUGAAUUCCUGCAACAACACAGAGAUUGAAGGCCGAACAAUCAGACUGGAAUUCAGCACACAGGGAGGGCAAAACAGAAACUUCAAUGCCAGAGGAGGAUUUGGUCAACAAAGCAAAACGCUGUUUGUCAAAGGUCUGUCUGAGGACACCACAGAAGAGACACUGAGAGAGUCAUUCGAUGGUUCCGUCGGUGCAAGAAUAGUCACGGACAGAGACACUGGCUCAUCCAAAGGGUUUGGCUUUGUGGACUUCAGCUCUACAGAAGACGCCAAAGCAGCAAAAGAAGCCAUGGAAGAUGGGGAGAUUGAUGGAAACAAAGUGACCCUUGAUUUUGCCAAGCCGAAGGGUGAUGGCGGCUUUGGUCGUGGAGGCGGCGGCGGCGGCUUCGGUCGUGGAGGCAGAGGUGGACGGGGCGGCAGAGGAGGAUUUGGCAGGGGGGGCGGCCGAGGAUUUGGAGGCAGAGGUGGUGGCUUCAGGGGAGGCAGAGGUGGCGGUGGUGACCACAAGCCCCAAGGAAAGAAGAUAAAAUUUGAUGACUGAGUGGCUCGUUCAUGUAUCUGAGAGGACUCUGGGGUUUUUAAUUCUGUUGCAACAUGACAGAACCUUCUGAGGACAUUCCAAGGUGUGUUGCAGUCCCCUAAGACCUACUUGGAAAAAUUCCUUUAAAUGAAGAAACAGCCAUUCAGCGGCCUGGCCACACAAACAAACUUUUUAAAAGCAACCAAGAGAUGUGGGAGUUGACCCUGUGUCAGUGCAUUGUCCUGAAUUUAUAACGUUUUACCCCCAUGUACAAAAAUUAACUUCCUUAUACAUUUCUGUAGGUUUUUUCCUUUUUCUUUUUUGUUCUUGCUGUAAAAAAUGCAAAACGUUUUAUCAUUUGUGUCUCGGCGCACUGUCUUGGACAGAUUAAAUGGCCUAAAUGGA